AUGCCCUUAGUUCCUGUGGAUGCACUUUUGCUGAGCGGCUCCAUGGGGCUUACUGCAGCUGCGGCCAGUUUGCUACCUAUUGCUGGCUUUGAUGGGCACCAGAUUGCGCGAGCUGCAUUUGGCGCGUCGAACGCGAACACCCUGGAGUUUCUGAGUCUGGCAGGCUUGUGCUUGGAGGUAGGGCGUGAUGAUUUGCGUGGGAUUUUUGCCAGUGAGGUUAUUUUGAUCUUCAUGAUUCAGCUCCUCCUGGGUCGCAGAGCAGAUGAGGUCAUGCCUCCGCAGGACAAUGUUACGGCUGUUGGAGUUGAGCGACAGCUGGCUGCAACCUUGCUGCUGGCUACCAGUGCCACCAUUCUCCUCCCAGCAGAGGCAUGGGAAUAUUUGAGUGUUCGCAUCGGAGCGACUCUUUGA